CCCUUUAAUCCGCCGAGCCGAGUGUUGUGUCGGAGACGGUCUGGUCCGCGUCUGGUCCGAUGGCCCACCAACACUAGCCCACUGACCUGCUUGGCUCAGGCAGGACAUUUGUCACAGGCGACAAUGUAUUUUUAGGUCGGAUAGCGUUCAAACGAAACGCUGGAUGGUAACCAGAAGGACAUAACUGGAACGGGAAGCCGUCAAUGCAAAGAAAGAGGAUCCAUGGCAAAGUGGCUGAAGGACUACCUAAACUUUGGCAGCAGGCGUGAUCCUCCACAGCCACCCAGGCCCGAUUACACUGAGAGUGAAAUUUUGAGAGCAUAUAGGGCUCAGAAGGAGCUGGACUUUGAGGAUCCAUACCAGAACUCUGAUAAGGAGCAUCAGAAUGGUGGUUUCAGCCCCUGUAGUGCAACAGUGAGCCUUCCCUCAUUCCCUGCUUUCGGUUCAGUGCUGCCUAAUGGCGUGGAGGUAAAGGUGGUAUCUCCUAAACACAGACUAAUCAAAGUGGACUCUCAGGAGUUUGGUCGUUGUAAAAUCCCCUUGAGUCCUGUGACUGUUCAAGAAGAACCUGUGGUUCCUUCUGCACCAGCAGCAUCAGACACUGAGACAGACUACUCUGACCCAUUUGAUGCCAGGCCAGACCCCAGAGCUAGACCAAACUGGGAGCCCAAGCCUGCACCACCAGAGUGCUGCAGCUACAUGGAGCCAUUUGAGGCCCAACGGAUCAUUUCAGAACUACAGCACAGUGCGAUGACGAACCGGUCUGGGAGCGGAGGUGGCAGCCAGUUAUACGAUAACCCAUAUGAGGAGAAGAUUCGCCUCCAUCAUAGAGCUGCUGUGCCAACACAUCAGCCAGUCCAGAGGAUGGACGUGGACAGCAGAGAGAGCCGACUGCCUCAGGAUGAUGAGAGGCCCGCUGAUGAAUAUGACCAGCCGUGGGAGUGGAAGAAAGACAACAUUUCAAAAGCUCUUGCAGUUCAGUUCGAAGGGGCGGAAAGGGAGCGCUCACGAGCUCAGACAGAACAGACUAGACUCGCCAAAACAGGCACCACUUCUACCACCACGGACUCCGCUACGCUGCGUCUGGUUGGCGAUACCCCUCCUCUGUUGGGAGAAAGAGUGGACCCCACUCUGCCACUGGAGAGACAAGUAUGGUAUCAUGGAACCCUGAGUCGUGCUGAAGCUGAGACGUUACUGACUCUGUGCAAGGAGAACUCCUACCUGGUGAGGAACAGCCAGACCUGCAGGAAUGACUACUCUCUAUCCCUCAGGAGCUGCAAAGGCUUCAUGCACAUGAAGUUCACUCAGGCUGCAGACGGCCGGUACGUGCUCGGGGAGAACAGCCCUCCAUUCUCCACCAUUCCGGAGGUCAUCCACUACUACACCACACACAAGCUGCCGAUCCGAGGAGCCGAGCACAUGUCCCUGCUGUACCCCGUCAUAGUGCAGACCCUCUGACACUGAAAUACACCCUCACAGUCUUUCUCCUGGUGCUACUGAAUACAACAUAUACUCACUAUUUUCCACCUUCUGCCCUUUUCCCACAUGCCUUUGUCACUGCCAUUCAACGUGCAACUGCUCUGAAGAGAUUGGAACGCUCGGUGCCAUUUUUUGUUAUUAAUUUCCAGAUCCCCAAGUUAACCCCAGUGGCAGCUUAAUGAGAGCGCUCCGUGCCUCAUGAGCCUUUGCCUGUGAACUGUAUUAUCACUGAAACCUCUGUUUUUAUAAUUACAUGGGGAUUGUUGAUGCUUAAAUUGGUAGCUGAAUAUUUUUAGGUCAACAACAAACAGAAACUGUACUGCAGUCCUAUUUUCAGAUAGGUAAAUCUAAAGAUUCUUGCAUUGAGAUUGAUUUCUUUUAUGGCAGUCAUAUAAGAAAAAUAGUGCAGCCUGGUCAGUUAAAGAAUAAUAGCUGUGUUUUCUCUUGAUUUAAAGUUCCAGUGUGUAAGAUUUAGGAGGUUAAAGGUUUUCAUAUCCAUAGAAUGAGCUGUUUGUAUGACAGAGGGAGUGGAUUCCCUCAUGUUUCUGCAGCGACUCGAAACAGAACUUAUUUUCUUCUUUUUUUCAGUUUAAUGACAGGUGGCAUCCAAGGUUAAGCCCAUUACCAUCCCUUACAGCGUGCGCAUCACAAACUGAUCCUCUUAACUGAAGCUCACAUUGAACACAUCACGGGCUCAGACGAGGGAUAUUUCAUGUUUUUUUGAGAUCAGGGAGAAGUGAGGGCAGAGUGGUGCAAUCUGCAACAGGUAGAUAUCACUAAAUAUUACACACUGAACCGUUAAGGUUGUGCCAAUAAGGAUGAUCUGACCUGGGAUUUAUUUUCAUUUGAUUUUCUUUGUUAAAAAUGACAAAAAAAGGAAAAAAAAAAUUUAACAUGGCACCUAUUUUGAAAUAAUAGAUCUGACCGUGGAGGGUGAAAGUAGAUGUAGACAGUAACACAUCCAGUAUUGAAAUUGAAUUGAAAAUGUGCUAUAACUCCAAAAAAACACUGUUCAUUUCCUUUAAAUGUUAGUUCUUUCAUACCAACCAAAACACUACAUGGUUAGCCCUGGGCGUCUGUCGGCUCUGGGUUUCUCUGUUUCAGAGGCCUGUGAAUGUUAUAUGAUGCUGUAGCUGCUGUGCCCUGCAGUGUUCUCCUCAGUUCAUCAUGUUAUGUGUGUGACAAUUCGAUGUCAGACAGAUGUCAGUUGUUAAUUUCACACAAUAACAGACUUCUGCAAUACUAGUUUAUAGAAUGACUACAGUAUUAUAUUGAAAGCUUGUGGCUUUGUGAUGACUGUGACUAUUAAAGAAGCUUUGGUAGACUAUUUACUGUGCUGUUUUAUAAGAUUUUAAAUGUCCAUUGAAAAUAAAGGUGUUGUCUGUUUUUAAA